AUGGACAUUCAUGGCUUCUCUGAUGCAGAUUGGGCCACUAGUAUUGAUGACAAGAAAUACAUGGUUGGUCAAUGUGCGUUCCUUGGUGAAACACUUGUUUCUUGGUCAUCAAGGAAGCAAAAUAUGGUAUCAAGAUCAAACACUGAAUCAGAAUAUAGAGCCCUAACUGACCUAGUUGCUGAAAUAGCAUGGAUUCAUUCAUUACUUGCUGAACUGAAACUCCCACUUCCAAGGAAACCCAUAUUGUGGUGUGAUAACUUGAGUGCAAAGGCACUAGCUUCAAAUCCUGUCCUCCAUGCUCGCUCCAAACAUAUUGAAAUUGAUAUUUACUAUAUCAGAGAUCAACAAAAGUUUGCAACAAAAAAAAACGACACGCGUAUUGAUGUGGCUAUAGAACUAGUAAAAUGUUUGAUCAAGUAUUUGAAAGAAUAUAGAGAAUCAGGUUUUAUAAAUGCUAAGGCUAGUGCUGAAAAGAUUGGGAAUAAAAUGGAGAUUGAAUGUGUGUUUAUUCAAAAACGUCAAAUUCAUAGAAAACAACACUAUGAUGAAAAUCCAUCUCAACCCACACAAUUGAGUCUUGAGUCUGCUGAAGAGUCUUUUCAGAAUCACUAUUUCUUAUAUAUUGUAGAUCAAACAAUUGACUCACUUGAUAUAAGAUUUGAGCAGGAAAAAGAUCAGAUCAAGAAGAAGAAGAAGAAGAAGAAGAAAUCUCUUUAUAGUGGUUUAUGUUUUGAUUAUAAGUAUUGA